AUGUGUACUAAACAUUCUAGCACUUAAUCAAAAGUAUGCAGUAGUUACUUUGCCAAGGCUCCACUGCUUGUGAAGAUUAGAAAGGACUCCCAAAGUGUGUCUGCCGAGUGCCGUGCCUCGGAAAGUCCUGCAUGAAAAAUGACAUCAGAAGCUUAUACUCCAGAAUCCUUAAUUGUGCAAGCAAGAGACGAGGAUGAUAUUGAUAAACAAAACAGACAAUGCAUCAUAGGCAUAAAAAAACACCAAAAGGAGCACACUGAUUUUGAAGAUGUGCAGCAAACACAAUAUGAGCCAAAAAGGGAUACAAAUGAUGACGAGCAAAGGAAAAACAAUUUCAAUGUAGGAAACGAAAACAGUGAACACACAGAUGAUGAAUGUUUCUUGUACUCACCAAGUAUUGAAGAGGUUGCUCACGAUGACAUGAUUAGACAGUCAAAAGAUUUCCCAGAAGGAUCAGAUGUCACAAAAAUCACAAUCUCAGAGCCCGAUUACCAGCUGCAAGACAGUAAGAAGGUGGCAACUGCAGAAGAGGCAGAUGAGCAGCCAACUAAAAGAGCUGGCAUAGAUGCCGAAAAAAAAGAGACUUCGGAUAAUGUAAUAUCUGCUGAUCAAGCACUCGAAAGUGGACAACAUAAUGAAGAAGAGGUGAGCAACAUCAAAGAGGACAACAAUGCUGAUACUAAACAUCUGAAUAACUUAAAUUUACUGGAAAAGAAAACAGUGGAACUUCCAGUUUGUGUACUUGAUCAACAAUUGGAAGGCUUCAAAAUAGAUGCGAAAUCAGAAGACUUUGAGAAGGAAUCCACUGCAGCAGUCAUGGAACCAGGUAUAGAUGCCGAAAAAAAAGAGACUUCAGAUAGUGUGAUAUCUGCUAAUCAAGCACUCGAACGUGGACAACAUAAUGAAGAAGAGGUGAGCAACAUCGAAAAGGACAACAAUGCUGAUACUAAACAUCUGAAUAACUUAAAUUCACUGGAAAAGAAAACAGUGGAACUUCCAGUUUGUGUCCUUGAUCAACAACUGGAAGGCUUCAAAAUAGAUGCGAAAUCAGAAGACUUGGAGAAAGAAUCCACUGCAGCAGUAAUGGAGCCAGCCAUGGCAAAAAAAGAUGAAGAGGAGAAGACAGAAUCCAGUGGACUUACAGAUAUUAGCAUGUCACAUACAUCUAGUUCACCAAUUGACAGUAACAAAGAGUCAAUCUCAGGAACCGUGGAGGAUAUUAAGGAGGUAGGUCUCAGUUCUUGGGAGAGCAUUGAUGCAGUUGAGGGAAAAAACGGAUUACAUGAAGCUGGCAAAGAUUACAAUCUAGAAGAGGCCUCUAAGUCAUUCUUUGAAAAAGAAUUCGAAGAUAUGACUAGAUCAAGCACAUCAUUGAAGGACAAAAUAGAAACUGAAGACAAAAACAUAGAAAGCAAUACUGAGAGCCAAGGAAAUGAAAUGGGGGCAGAUGAAGGGGAUCAAAAUGUAAAAGAUACUAUCUCGUCUAAAGCUGACUCAGAAAUAAUUGUCAAGGGGCCAAUAGAAGGUGCCGUGGAAAAUCCUGAAGAAUUCAUAGUGAAGGAAACGACGUGGCGGAAAGAGAGAGAAAAUCUGGAUGAAACAUUCACAAUGAUCUCGGAAAACAUUGAGGCAGUUGAAACAAUGGAAGAAAUUACAAACUCCAAGCAGGGUGAAGCCGAAUUAGGCAUGGCUUAUUCAGAGGAUCAAAGAAACGAAAACAACAAAGUGGGAGCAGGAAAUUGUGACACAGUUAGAAUUCCCCAAGAUAAUACCACAGACUUCGGAGAGAGUAUUAUAUCCCUGAAUGAAUAUGAUUUACACCUUGGCCAUAAUACAGUAGCUAUAAGGAGAGGGGAUGAAAAGCAAGAUGUAUGUACUAAAAUUCAACCACAAGAACAAGAGAAACAAGAUAUUGAAGUUUCGAAAGUUGAGAAUUUCCACAAUGAACAAGCCUCUGGACUAAGCAAAAACGAGGGAUUCACAAGCUUAGAAGGAAAUUCUGGUGAAGUGACAAAAAGAAAAGGUGUUGGCUGUACUACAAGCAUAACAAUAGAGGAAAAGAUGUCAGAGUUUGUGGAGCCUGAUCCAGAGAAGAGACAAAAGAUCGAAAGUGAGGAAGAAUUAACAGAGGCUGAAACCACUUCUGAAAGUAAUUUACAAGAAAGCAGAACAACUAGUGACGCAAAGGAGGAGGCAAUCCGCAAAGAUGAUUUUGCCACAGUCAGUAUUUCUCCACAAACACCCGCUGAGAGAAUUAAACAAUUGAUUUUUGAGGUAAUUGAAGCAAACAUCAGCAGUGAGGACAUUGGUCAGGAUGACUACAAGAGUAAAAAUCCGUCAACUGAAAAGGGUAAAACUGAUACUACACUCCCGAAGGAGGAACAUGCAGACGAUAUUUCGAAGAACAUGCGAGAUUCUGUUGCCAGAAAUAUGGUCGGCUGCUUUUGGGAUGAGUUACAGAAUCAAAUAUCUGAAGAGAGUAUCUCUGGAAAAGGAGAAACAAACCAAGAGUUGGUCGAAAUCUCUCCAAGCCAAAAUGAAGUCUCCAAGAUCUAUACCGAUAGUGUGCCAGUUUUUGAAGUUGAAGCAACAACAGACAGACAGCAAGAAAAUCCAAAAGAUGAGGAUUUAUACAACAUAAUCAACGGUGUUUCAGCAGAACAAGGAAUAAAUGCAGAAAACACUGAAGUAAAUGAAAAGACACAUGAACAUAUUGCUUCCAAUGAGAUUCAAGAAACAGAAACAGACGCCAGUGAGGAUAUUGUGAAUCAAAGCUCCGAAGAGAGUGACUCUUGCAAUGGAAAAGAAGGUCAAGAGAUCCCUGAAACAUAUACAUCAGUUAUUGAACUUGAAGAUCUUGUUCCAAUGAAUGAUGAAUGCACUAGGAUCAAUAAUGAAGAAAUUGAAGUCAGGGAGGUCCAGAGAGAAGCAGCAAUUGAUACACAGCAAAGUAGCGGAGAGACUAAGGAUCCAUAUAAUAUAACAAGUGGUGUUCUAAACGUAGUGGAAAAUGAGGAUCAGGAAAUAAAUACUGAAUCAGACAACAUUGAAGAACUACAGGACAAAAAACCACAUAAACAAACUGGUUGCAAUCAUGAUCAAAGCCCAGAAGAAGUCAAGAAUGAGGAGAAUCAACGCUCUGAAGAAAGCAAGUUUUCCAACGGAAAACAAGAUCAAGAGAAGGCUAAAGCAUCCACACCAAUUAUAGAAGCUAAAAUACCCAUUUCAAGCAGAGAUGAAUGCACUAGUAUCUCUAGCGAAGAAGUUCAAGUAAGUGAAAUUGGGGAAGAAGCAGCCAUUGACAAACAGCCAUGUCCAUCAGAAACGCGUAAUUUACACGAGGUCGAAGUGGAGCUUUUACUAGAAAAUGAGAAUUCCAAGAGCAUAUUGGAAGGUGUAAAUCAGGAUAUAAAAACUCAAUCAGGCAUCACUCAAGAAAAAAAGGAUGAAAAAGAAAAUGAAGAAACUUGCUCCAAUGAGAUUCAUGAAACAGAAACAGACGCCAAUGAGGAGAUUGUGAAUCAAAGCACCAAAGAGAGUGACUCUUCCAGUGGAAAAGAAGGUCAAGAGAUCCCUGAAACAUAUACAUCAGUUAUCGAAGUUGAAGAUCUUGUUCCAAGGAAUGAUGAAUGCAUUAGGAUCAAUAAUGAAAAAAUUGAAGUCAGUGAGGUUGAGAAAGAAGCAGCAAUCGGUAAACAGCAAAGCCGCGGAGAGACUAAGGAUUCAUAUAAGACAACAAGUAAUGUUUCUAAACACAUGGUGGAGAUUGAACAAAAAAAUGAAAACUCCAUAGACGUAAUGGAAAAUGGGGAUCAGGAAAUAAAUGCUGAAUCAGACAACAUUGAAGAACUACAGGAUGAAAAACCACAUAAACAAACUGGUUGCAAUCAGAAUCACAACCCAGAAGUAGUCAAGAAUGAGGAGAACCAAAGCUCUGAAGAAAGCAACUUUUGCAACGGAAAACAAGAUAAAGAGAAGGCUAAAGCAUCCACACAAAUUACAGAAGCUAAAAUAAAGAUUUCAAGCAAAGAUGAAUGCACUAACAUCUGUAGCGAAGAAGUUCAAGAAAGUGAAAUUGGGGAAGAAGCAGCAAUUGACAAACAGCCGUGUACAUUAGAGACUAGUAGUUUACACGAGGUCAAAGUGGAGCUUUUACUAGAAAAUGAGAAUUCCAAGAGCAUAUUGGAAGGUGUGAAUCAGGAUAUAAAAACUCAAACAGGCAGCAUUGAAAAAGAAGAGGAUGAAAAAGAAAAUGAAGAAACUUGCUCCAAUGAGAUUUAUGAAGCAGAAACAGUCAACAAUGAGGAGAUUGUGAAUCAAAUCUCCAAAGAUAGCAACUCUUGCACUGGAACACGAGAUGAAGAGAUUGCUCAAGCAUCAACACCAACACUAGAGGCCAAAAUAUUAGUUUUGAGCUAUAAUGAAUGCAAUAUGAUAGCUAGUAAAGAAAUUCAAGUCAGAGAAGCACAGACUAUGCAGGAGUGCACAGAAGAGAAUCCAAAUAAGAUACAAAGUGGAAUCUCUUCAUGUGAGGUCACAGGGGUGGAGAUUGUUCAAGAAAAUGUGAAUUACAUGAACGAAAUGAAAGAUGUGAGUAAGGACAUAAAUAAUGCUGAAUCAGAAAGCAUUGAAGUACAAAUACAUGAAGAAACUGGUUCCAAUUACAUUCACAAAAGAGAAGAGGUGAACAACGAAGAGGUUGUGAGUCAAAGAUCUGAACAAAGAGAAUAUUGCACUGGAAAAGAAGAUCAAGAGAUUUCACACGCAUUUACACCUCUUAGGAAAGAUGAAUGUAACAGGAUCUUGAGUGAAGAAAUUCAAGCCAGUGAUGUAGAGGAAGAAGCAGCAAUUGACCAACAACAAUGUAUGUCAGAGACUGAGACUCCGAAUAAAACAAAAACAGAUGCUUAUUUACACGAGGAGAAAGGAGUGGAAGUUUUGCUAGAAAAAGAGAAUCACACAAACAUCCUACAAGAUUUGAAUCAGGACAUAAAUGCUCAUUCAGGCAGCAUUGAAGUACAGAAUGACAAAACAAAUGAACUAUCUUGUUUAAAUGAGAUUCAUGAAACAAAAACUUUCAAUAAUACGAAUUUUGUGAAACAAAGCUCCUUCGAGAGCGGCUCUUGCAGCGAAAAAGAAGAUAAAGAUAUUUCCCUAGAAACUAAACCACAUCUAGAAGCUAAAGACCUUGAUCCAAGAAAUGAUGAAUGCAUUCGGAUAUCCAUCGCAGAAACUCAAUACAGCGAAACAGAGGGAAAAGCAGCAAUUGAGGAGCAAGACUGUUCCACAGAGAAUGAACAUACAUAUAAGGGAAUAGAGGGUGUGCCUACAGAUAAGCUCGUGAUAGUGGAGAUUGUACAAGAAAGUCCCAAUUCUAUGAACAUAGCGGAAGUCAUAGACCAGAACAUAAACGCUGAUACAGACAGCAUAGAAGUACAACAGAAUGAUAACACAUAUGACCAAACCGGUUCCAAAGGUAUUCAUGAAACAGAAGCAGCCAAUAAUGCAGAGAUAGUGAAUCAAAGCACCACAAAGAGAAACUCUUACAGCGGAAAAGAAGAGAAACACUUUGCUCGAGCAUCUACACCACUUCUAGAAGCCGAAAAUCCUGUUCAAAGUAAUGAAGAAAUUAGUACAACCAGUGAAGAAACUGGAGUAAGUGAAGAAAUGGGAAAAGCAGAAACUAAGAAGCAACAAUGUAGCACAGAGAACGAGAAUUCAAAUAACACAAGUGGCUUGUAUUCCAAUGAGUUCAUGAAAGUAGAGAUUGUACAAGAAAUUGAGGAUUCCAUGAACAUAGUGGAAGGUGUAAAUCAGGACAUAAAUGCUAAAUCCAACAACAUUAAGGUACUUCAGGAAGAGAACACACACGAACAAACUUGUUCCAACAACAUUCAUGAAGCAGAAGAGGCCAACAAUAAGGAGACUAUGAAUAAAAUCACUGAUGAAAAAUACUCUUGCUGUGGGAAGCAAAAUCAAGAUACUGGUGAUGCAUCCACACCACUAAUAGAAGCUGAAGACCUUGUCCAAAAUAAAGAUGAACGCCCUAAGGCCUGUUGUCAAAAAAUUCAGGCCAUUGCAGUAGAUGAAGCAGCAAUUGACAUAAUCCAUUGUAGCUUAGAGACAGAGGAUGCAAAUAACACAAGAGAGGGUGUUUAUUCAAACAAGGUUAUAGGAGUGAUGACUUUAUUGGAAAAUCAGAAUUACAAGAUCAUAGGGGAAGAUGAGAAACAGGACAUGAGUGCUCAAUUAGGCUGCAUUGAAGUACAAAAGGAUGAGAAAACAAAUGAAAAGAAUUCCUUGAAAGAGAUUCAUGAAUCGGAAGCGGUCAACAAUGAGGAGAUUGUGAGUCAAAGCUUCAAAGAGAAUGACUCUUCCAGCGGAAAACAAGAUCAAGAGAUUGCUCCAAACUCUACACUGCUUUUUGAAAUUGAAGACCAAAUUUCUAGCAAUGAUGAGAAUACUAGGAUAACUAGUGAAGAAAUACAAGUUAGUGAAGAUGAGAAAGAAGCAGCGAUUGUGGAACGGCAAUUUAGUGCCCACAAUGAGGAUCCAAAAAAGAUAGAAAAGGGCGUUUCUUCAAUUGAGACGAGGGGAGUUGAGAUCUCGCAAGACAAUGGGAAUGUCAUUAACAUAGUGGAAGAUGUGGAUCAGGAUGUAAACGUUGAAGCGCAAAGGGAUGCAAAAGCACAUAAAGAAACAAGUUUAUAUGAAAAUCAUGACAGAAAAGUGGUCAACCAUGAGGAUAUUGUGAAUCAAAGCUCAGAAUAUCAAGGGAGCCCUGAUGCAUCUUCACCAGCAGAACAGGAAAUUCGAAACAAAGAUGAAUGCACUAAAAUAACUAGAGAAGAAAUUCAAGUCAGUGAAGUAGAGGAUGAAGUAGCAUUUGAAAAGCAGCAACCUAACACAGGGACUAAGGAUGAAAAUAAGAUAACAAAUGAUGUUUCUCCAAGCGAGGUCAAGAGAGUGCAGAUUAACCAUGAAAACAAGUGUUCCCUGAAUAUUAAACAAUACAUGGAUCAGGAGAUAAAUGCUGAAUCAGAAAACACUAGAAUGCAAAAGGAAGAAGAAAUACACGGACAAAUUGGUUCCCAUCAGAUUCACAAAACAGAAGAAAUCGACAACGAAGAGAUUGUGACUCAAAAUUCAUAUGGAAAACAAGAUCAAGAGAUUGUUGAAGCGUCUAUACUACGAAUAGAAGAUGAAAACCUAGUUGUACACAAAAAUGAAUGUCUUGGGAUCUCUAGUGAAGAAAUUCAAGUCACUGCGGCCGAGGAAGAAGCCGCAGAUCCAGAUAUGACAGAAAAUGGCAUUUCUUCAUACGAGAUCAGGGAAGUGGAGGUUGUACCCAGAAGUGAGAAUUCCAUGAUCAUAGUGGAAAAUAAUCAGCAAGACAUCAUUGAUGCACAAAAGGAUGAAAAAACACAUGAACAAAAUGGUUUUAAUGAGAUUCAUGAAACACAAGCGGUCAACAACGAAGAGUUUCUGAAUGAAUGCUCCGAAGAGAGCGACUAUUGCAAUAGGAAACAAUAUCAAGAGAUUGCCAAAGCAUCUUCACCUUUUAUUGAAGCUAAAAACCCUGCUUCAAGCAAAGAUGAAUGCACUGGGAUUUCUAGUGGAAAAGUUCAAGAAGUUGAAGAAGAACCAGCAAUUGACAAACAACAAUGUAGCUCAGAGAAUAAGGAUCCAAAUGAGAUGAAAAAUGGUGUUUCAUGCAUGGUCAAAAGAUUGGAGAUUCUACCAGAAAAUGAGAAUAACAUGAACAUAAUGGAAGAUGAAUUUCAAGGAUCAUUUCAGGACAUAAAUGUUCAACCAUACACCACUGAAGUACAAAAGGAUGAAAAAGUACAUGAGAAAACGUGCAAAGCGGUUAACUAUAUGGAGAUUGAGAAUCAAAGCUCUAAUAAAGGUGACCCUUUCAGCGAUAAACAAGAUGAAGGGAUUGCUGAAGCAUCUACACCAGGUAUAGAAGCUCAGAACCCUAUUCCAAGUAAAGAUGAACGCACAGGAAUCUCUAGUGAAGAUUUUCAUGUUAGUCAACUCGAGGAAGAAGAAACAAUUAAGAAACAGCUACGCAUCUCACAGUCUGAGGAUCCAAAAAACAUAAAAAAUGACGUUUCUUCAUAUGAGAAUUUGGAGCAAGCUGCUACAAUGGAAGUGCUUACAUGGUGCUCAGAAUUGAUAGAGCUUAGAGAAGCAAACAGCAACGGCAAUAAUGCAAUCAACAGGAAUGUGGAGGAUCAUAAUGCCAAAUCUACUGGAAAUAUAAUUGGGAAUGGUUUCAGAGAGACAGAAACUGAAGAGAUCUUUGAGGAUAAGGGCACUACAAAGAAAGCAAAUGACACUGAUCAGGUGAAAUCUACGCACACUCUGUAUCCAGAGGAUGAAAGAAAUGUGUAUGAUACGCAGUUUCAAGAGGGGAACGAAACACCUGAAUUGAGCAAGUCUUAUAAGGUAGAAGAAUCGCUUUCCUUUACACAGAACAAGACCAUGUAUCAGGAAAUUCAGGCGGACAACUUCAGAGACAGAACAUCUGAUCAACAUACGCUUGUUGGAACAUCUGGAGAAUAUGGUAGUGCUGAGAAUUUUGAUCCAGGCCAGUCUGCUAAAAUGUCUAAUGACCAUUCAAAAUUAAUAGAAUUUAACAAAGCAGCAGGGUUUGAGUCAGAGCAGCACAAGCAUGAAAAUGAGGGCCCUGAGGACAUGAACAGCUUGGGUAAAGAGGUGCUUUUGAAGAAUGAUCCUACACUAUCACAACAAAACCUACAGGAAAACGCGUCACUUGACAAAGAAGACAAAACAGUAAUGCGGGAAGAACAAGAGAAGAUUACUGAGUUAAGCGAUUCAUCUGCUGAUGAUGGAACAGAUGUCAAGGCUACUAGAGAAGGAUCACCUGAGCACAAGGACGCCAAAGAAUUCAGCCAAAUCCAGAAUAUAAGAGAAUUUGACAUUCCUCACAUUCAAGAACAUGAACAAGACCUCCAAGACAAUUGCGAUAAGCUUCCAGCCUCAUCUCAGUUUCGAGGCUCGUGUAGUAAUGUCUUAAAAGAGGAGGGCAUUGGUAAUAAAAGACAGCUACAUACUGAUACUGAUUCUGAUACUGAUACUGAUACUGACAGUAAAGAAGAACCUCAAGAGCACAAUCAAAUUGAAGCAUGUGCACAAAAGGGCAUAACUAUAAUCAACCCGAAAAGAAAUGGAGUUUCCUCACAACCACCCAAUGAUCCUGUCAAAGGAAGCAUAAAAAGAGCAGAACCAUAUAAUAUUUCCAGCAUAGCAAGUGAUGGGUAUUCGGAACUAAAAGACGAAAUUCUGAAUAUAACCCAAACCCAUUCAAUCACACCGGAUAAAACCAACAAACAGCAAGAAAUCAUUCUUCACAAAGAAACAAACAAAAUCGAAAAAGUUGCAGCAGAAAAACCCCAAUCAGACGAGGAAAACGACGAAGAGUCGGAAUCAAAAUUAUCUCUAAUACCACAAGGAUUAAGGGAAAUUGACCCAAAAGCAACCCAGAAAAAAUCACAGAACAUAUUAUCAGGUGUUGGGUCAAAAGUGAAACAUUCAAUUUCAAAAGUGAAGAAAGCCAUAACAUGCUCAUCAUCUCAAUUUACUCCAGAAGAUGUCAUAAUUAAGCUCAACAAGAAUAAGAAAAGCUCAAAUCAGGCAUAAAAAUGGAGAUUGGAUUUAUGGAUUUCAUUGUUUGUUCUUACAAAUACAUGUAUAAGUGAUACUAAAAUUAUGCUAGCAUUGUGCAGAAUGUGUAACUACGCAGAACAUUGAUGUUGAAGUUGUAUAAUUGACAUUGAAAUUACCUUUAAAACUUUAUUAUAUACUUCGUA